CAAGAACGGCCUGAACUUGCAGAGCUGAGAUGCACACGAGGGCUGAAGGUGACAUCGACAGGCCCGCAGACCGUCCAGAGGGCCGAGGGCGACUCCGUGACUUUGGGUUGCAGCUACAUGCCGAGCUUAUUGGACACCGGAGAAAUUGACAUUGAAUGGUCUGUGCUCAGUCCAGACACUACCAAGAAGGAUCAGAUGCUUCUGUCGUACACCGGCGGCACCGAGUACCACCAUGGAGGUCCUAGAGUUACUGAAGGCUUCAGCUUUGCUGCAGGCGAUCCCUCCAAGGGCGACGCUUCUCUCUCCAUCGCUCAGCUGUCACGCAACCACACUUCUACCUACCAGUGCAAAGUGAAGAAGUCGCCUGGGGUCGACACCCGCAAGGUGUCACUGGUGGUUAAGGUAAAACCAUCUGUGCCUCGCUGCUGGCUGGAAGGAGGAGAGCUGGUCGGUGGAGCCGUUUCUCUGCACUGCGAGUCCUCUGAAGGAUCCACUCCUCUAACAUACAAGUGGCGGAGAGAAAGCAAAGACCCCAUGCCUGCUGCUGCCACACAGGACGGCUCAACCGGGGAGUUGAGAAUCAGCAACCACACACAGAGCUUUGCAGGGAUCUACCUUUGUGAGGUGAACAAUGCUGUUGGAGCCGAACGCUGCAGGAUCAGCCUGAGAGCCAACAAGCAUCCAAACAGAUCUGCAGUGAUCGGGGGGAACGUUGUGGGCUCGCUUCUCCUCGUCUUCAUCUUACUGGUGUUUGCUGGGGUGCUGUACUGGAAGCUGGAGGACAGACGCCACCAUGAUAGGGAGUUCUCCAACGAGAUCAGGGAGGACGUGGGGCCACCCGACAGCCGCCCGGUGAGCCGGCACACCGGUCCGCAAACCGCUUACAGCUGGGCGGAUCAGAACGAUGUCACCUAUUUCACACACAAUCCCUCCAGCUACAAGCAAGGACAAACAUGCAGCGGACUGUGACACCUCCACAGAUGUGAGCUGUGCGUGUGAUGGGCUAAACCCCCCCACCAAACAAGCUGCUUUGUGUGAGUCCAUCCAGUCUGGAGUUGAUGUCUAAAGUUGGAUCUGCGCCGCGCAGCCCCGUCAGUAAAGUCCUGUGCUUGUGGACGAACCGGGAGCCUCUUCACUUCACCGACUGAUGCGCCACCGUUUUUUUUUUGUUGUUUUUUUUUCUCAAGGCACCGUACUGUACAUUUCUAUUUAAUGUGUGUGUACAUGAGUGUGUGUGUGGGUGUGUGUAUGUGGGCACAUGCAUACACGGAGAAGUAAAAACCAGUCCACAAAGUCGAUUCCAUCCACUGGUGUCAGCCCACAAGGCAUCACCAUGACAACUAAGGCAAAAAAAUCUCUUGACGUGAAAACACCGCUUCGCUUUUUUUCUCUCUCUCCUUAUUUUAGUUCGUCUGAUCCGACUCCCCACAAUAAUCAUUAGUACUGAUAAUAAUCUCUAUUCAAUAAAUUAUCUAUACUGUACAAUUAAUUCACCUGGCACAGACCUGCAACAAAGGGGAGCGUUUUUCUUUUUGCAAAAUAAAGCUAUCGACAAGAAGUUCCUGCUGCGUCCUCGUUAUAGUAAAUUCUCUGCUGAGCACACGGAGGCGGACACACAGCAACGCAGCUUUUUUCCUUCCAUGUAUAGAACUUAAACAGGACACCUUGCAAAAAAAAAAAAAACAAAAGCUGAUGCAUAAUAGAGGGAUGGGAGGGGGGAAA